UGAUUGGUGGAAAUGGGUCACGUGAAGCGGUAAAAACUCCCUCCACUAGUCGAUUUGUCAUAACUCAUGUUGUUAAGGGUUAAGAUGUCAGGCCCAAAUAAAUCAUCUUCGACAAACAUGGCCCGUCCGUUGCUUUAUCCAACAUCGGCAGAGAUUUAUGCUCAGCAAUACACUUCGCAGCUGUCCUCGACAUUUGAGCGCCAAAUCAAUUUGACAGGGAAUUAUUUUCCCUUUCUAGAAGUUUCAACCCGGAGAACUUCAAGCCAAAAUUACAACACCCCGCCAUCACGACAGAGCUUUCAUGGUGAAGACACAAGAACGACCUUGUCUCAUCAAACAACGCCGAUACCAGACUAUCUCCUUCAGCCAAUUUAUCCGUGGAUGAAGUCAAAGAAAGGCGGUAAAUCGGACUUUGGAUUUGGCCAGAGACAAGCGAAGCGGCACAGAACGAGUUAUACGAACAAGCAGCUUCUAGAAUUGGAGAAAGAGUUUCACUUCAACAAGUAUCUGUGCAGUUCUAGAAGGAGCGAGAUUGCAAAGACCCUUAGUCUGUCUGAACGACAAGUCAAGAUCUGGUUUCAAAACCGUCGAAUGAAAUGGAAAAAAGAUGAAAAAGUUAAUGAAGGCUCCGAGAAAACUAGUCCGCGAUUUAUGGACACCCAAGAAACACAGCGACACAUAAUGUCUUGUUCCCCUCUCUGCCAUUCACCGCCCGUUCGUCAAGCGUGUCAAGCUGAAAACUUUCACUGAUAGUGUGAACAGAAAGCAACGGUACGAACAAGUCUCGUUCAAUACGGAGACCAAUCUUUUGUGGACAUUGCGGUAUGUUAAUUAUGGUAACAUUGUACAAAUUUGAGCGUUAUUUAAUGGAAGGAACUCUUGUUAGCAAAGAUCAGUACCUUUCCGCCUUUUCGCGUUUCUAAUCCAGUGUUAAUCCAUUUCAAAAGGCCAAUCGACACCAUAUUUCCUUUCUCCUUGUUAAAGGUGUGAAUAGUAUUGGGAAGAGCUUACGUCUUUAGAGUUCCUCGCAAGAAAUUAUUUAUUGAAUGUAAUUUUUCGUUUGUUGCCGCUAACGCUGCAAUAUGGAGUUUGUACAAAUACUCGAUCCAUUCACAAAGUCAGUUGAAGUUCAUUUUAGUGCACAGCAAGCGCGCUGUUUUACUGCACACAGACAGUCGGUGAGAUUUUCUUUGUUUUUUAAGAGAUUCACAGCCGAAAAAUUUUCACCUUCGCCUUUCCGCUAUCUUGUUAGUCGCAUUCCAGAAUACCACCGACCAUGCAUGAUUCCGCCAAACAGUUUCAGAUAUGUUCUCGUUUUCUACGUUUAUUGCUUCGAAGGAUAACUUUGAAAUACAGGUCACAUAGCACUUGUUAGAUGUUACUCUCCUGUAGGUAAUAAAAGAUAUUUUCAUACGUCUCUCUAUGUAUACCUUGUUUGUCGCUGUUUUAGUCGUGAAUUCUACGAGCGUAA